AUGGCUUGUGUUUACAUUAUACUAACAACAACUUUGUUACUCGGUUCCUGCCUUCAAGAAACCGUUGGCUCCGAACAACAUGCCGUAUUUUCGAAAACGCUCAUUCAGCUGCACAGUGAAUGUCGAGCCAUUCUAAACCACCCCGCUAUGGAACCGGAAGGCGAAUGUGAGCAGCGUUGUGAAUUUUACCUUGGAAGGGCUUUGGAUGUCGUGAGAGGCCCAGUUUACAGUGUCUACCGGGCCAUUUUCAACCGACAGAUUCCGGGAGAUGCGUGCUACGUCGAUCGAACCUAUCGUUGCGUUUGGAAUUGGGAUCAGUUCAAUCUGACGAAAGUGGAACCGUGUAAGUGGGCCACUUCGGUUGGAUUUUGCUUUUUCUACAACUACGGGUUUAUAGACGUAAACUAUAGUCUGUUUAUCAGACCCUUGAGUUUGGAGCUUAGACAUAUCGUCGAAAGUUGUAGCAGGAUUCAACAACUUUCCGAUGAAGACUUAUUGGAUAUUAUUAACAACGGUUUCGUUGAUUCCGAGAUAGCUGGUAAAUUAGUAAGAUGUGUAAUGAUUCGAGCGGGUCUUUACUCGGAUGCUGAUGGACCGAAUUUGGAUCGACUGGAGCAGAUGUAUGGAGCUGGAACCAUUGAGCGAGGAAACUUCUGGCAAACUGCACAAAAAUGUGUAGGCAAAGCGAGAGUUCGAUACCCAAAUGCGUCGAAAUUCGGCCUAGCGGCUUAUAUUUUGGAUGACUGUUUCGAGGAUUUCUUGCAAAAUAUGAGAACAGCUCUAAUUGAAAUACUCAAAAAUGAAUAA